GUGAAGUUGGUGCCGGUGCCUAACCAGAAACCAAGUACCAUAGCUGCUCAUCCUCGAACGGUCAUGGUUCGAAUCGGAGCUCAAAUUGAUCUACACAAAAGAAUCAAAAAAGAGCCAGAAGACGAGGAAGAUGAAGGAAUUCCGCAGUUGUUUAGUAAUGUUGCAGAAAGCAAAGAACAUAUUGUACCCUUAUUAUAA